CUUACAGGAUUCUGCGGAAGUAGGAGUACUGGUACACGUGCCUAAUACAGGCAAGCAAGAAGAGUAGUAGUACGAUGCAUCUUCUCGCCAUCUCGCACACCCCACCACUGGUCGCAUUGACGACUCUUUAACUUUGAAAUCAAGUACUGCAACUUCGAAGACCAUGUGCAAGUCAGACCAACUCAAAGAAUACACUUCCGAAGAAGUUUCGAAGCACACAUCAGAGGAUGAUUGCUGGAUGAUCAUUGGAAACGAAAACAAUGGUACGUCAGUCGCAAAGCAAAACUUGUAUUUGCGUCGUGGAUGAAUGAAGCCGCUCUACCAAUUGAGCAUGGUUACAUAUACAACAGCAGUAGCGAAGUGACAAGAAUACCUUUUGAUCGACACUCGGUGGCAGUUUUGGUUUCGACGGAACCUUUUUUCCACUUGGGAUCAGUCGAAAACAUUUUUUGAACUAUUUUGUGCCCUAGAGUUGAGUAAUAGUUCCGCUAUUUUGAGUUUGUUUUGGAAUUGAGUGAUUUCUCAACAUUUAUUUCUCUACAAAAUAUCAGGAGGACCAAAGGUAUAUGACGUCUCGAAAUAUUUGGACGACCAUCCCGGUGGAGCAGAAGUAAUGUUGGAUGUAUCUGGUCAAAAUGCUGAUGAAUUUUUUGAAGACAUCGGACACUCCGCUGAGGCCCGUGCCGAACUUAAAAAAUAUUUGAUCGGGACAUACAAAAUGUCCGAAGAGGAACUCGAAAAAGUGAGGAUCGCAGCAGAGAAGAGAGCUAACCAGACAGGAGGGUCGUCAGUUAUGAUUAUUAUGGUCGCAUUGGUUGCUAUCAUCUAUGCGUACACCCAGGGUUACUUUUAGAUUGACAAUUUCCAAACGUCAUCCUAAAGCAACCAAACUGCAAUAAUGGCUGCGUCAAGAUCACAAUUGGCAGGAAAGAGAGAUGCGGCCAUGAGUUUUUCUAGGUUUUUAUUCAGUUGUUUAAUUUAACUCCUUUUGAUAUGAGUGCCUCGAUUGAAUUGC